UCGGAAAAAAAAAAAAGAAAGAAUGAAUCUUCAGUUGAAAUUAACCUCACUACUCUUCUUCACUUCCGCCAUAGCCGAAACCUUCGAUUCUAAUCCAAAGUUCCCAUGCCAACCUCCUCACCACAGCUCCUACCCCUUCUGCAACAUCUCUCUAUCCACAACCAAACGAGCUCUCUCCCUCGUCUCGCUCCUCACUCUCCCGGAGAAGAUCACCCAGCUCUCCAACACAGCCGCCUCCGUGCCCCGCCUCGGCAUCCCGCCGUACGAGUGGUGGUCCGAGUCUCUCCACGGACUCGCCGACAACGGCCCCGGCGUCUCGUUCAACGGCUCGAUCUCCUCCGCCACGAGCUUCCCUCAGGUGAUCGUGUCCGCGGCGUCGUUCAACAGGACGCUGUGGCGCGAGAUCGGAUCCGCGGUGGCGGUGGAAGGGAGGGCGAUGUAUAAUGGCGGUCAGGCGGGGCUGACUUACUGGGCGCCGAAUAUAAAUGUGUUUAGGGAUCCGAGGUGGGGGAGAGGGCAGGAGACUCCUGGUGAGGAUCCCAAGGUGGUUUCUGAGUAUGGUGUUGAGUUUGUUAGAGGGUUUCAGGAAAUUAAGAAGACUAAUGUUUUGAAAAGUAGUCUUGGUAAUGGUGAUGAUGAUGAUGAUGGUGAUGGUGAUGGUGGGAAGCUUAUGUUGUCUGCUUGUUGCAAGCAUUUCACUGCUUAUGAUCUUGAGAAAUGGGGCAACUUUACUAGAUACGACUUCAAUGCUGUGGUCACAGAACAGGACAUGGAAGACACAUACCAGCCCCCGUUUCAGAGUUGUAUCGAAGAUGGUAAAGCUAGCUGCUUGAUGUGUUCAUAUAAUGCAGUUAAUGGGGUGCCUGCUUGUGCUCGACAAGACUUAUUACAGAAAGCUCGAGUUGAUUGGGGAUUUAAAGGGUACAUUACAUCAGACUGUGAUGCUGUGGCAACCAUUUUCGAUUACCAAGGAUACACAAACUCAGCUGAGGAAGCUGUUGCUGAUGCAAUCAAAGCAGGCGUGGAUAUAAACUGCGGAACGUACAUGGUUAGACACACACAAUCUGCCAUCGAUAAAGGUAAAGUGAGCGAAGAGCAAAUAGACAGAGCUCUCCAAAACCUCUUCGCCGUUCAGCUCCGCCUCGGACUUUUCGACGGUAAUCCAAAACAAGGACGUUACGCGAAGCUAGGGACAAACGACAUCUGCAGCUCAAGCCACAGGGAGCUGGCGUUGGAAGCAGCGAGACAAGGCAUCGUGCUUCUGAAAAACGACCACAAGCUCUUGCCGUUGAAGAAAAGCCACGUGUCUUCUCUAGCAAUCAUCGGUCCAAUGGCCAACAACAUUAGCAGCAUGGGCGGCACUUACACAGGCAAGCCGUGUCAGCGAAAGACUCUCUUCAGUGAGCUUCUUGAGUACGUGAAGAAGACAUCUUACGCCUCUGGCUGCUCCGACGUGGCGUGUGACUCCCCCGCCGGGUUUAAAGAAGCUGUCGCCAUCGCCAAGGGAGCAGACUUCGUCGUAGUCGUUGCGGGGCUAGACCUCACUCAAGAGACAGAGGAUAAAGAUCGAGUGAGUCUUUCUUUACCUGGGAAGCAGAGAGAUCUCGUAACUUCCAUCGCAGCUGCGAGUAAGAAGCCAGUGAUUCUAGUCCUAACCGGUGGAGGACCGGUGGAUGAAACCUUUGCUAAAACCGACCCGAGGAUCGGAAGCAUUGUGUGGAUCGGUUAUCCAGGUGAAACCGGUGGACAAGCACUAGCUGAGAUCUUGUUUGGUGAUUUUAAUCCGGGUGGGAGGUUACCGAUGACGUGGUAUCCUCAGUCGUUUAGUGAGGUUGCGAUGUCGGAUAUGCACAUGAGAGCUGAUUCGUCUCGUGGUUAUCCUGGAAGAACGUAUAGAUUCUAUACCGGAGAUCAGGUUUAUAAAUUCGGAACCGGUUUAAGCUAUACCGAGUUUGAUUACGAGAUUCUUUCAGCACCGACGAGGCUUGGGUUAUCAGAAGUUAUCCCACAGGACUCUUCUUCACACAAGAAGCUGCUUCUCCAGAAGGGAGAAGGGGAGCUUAGGUACUUACAGCUGGACGAUUUGGCGGUUAACUCUUGCGAGUCUCUGCGGUUUAACGUCCGGUUUAGCGUGAGGAAUACGGGAGAGAUAGAUGGUAGUCAUGUGUUGAUGUUGUACUCUAGAAUGCCUCGGGUUUUGUCUGGUGUUCCGGAGAGACAGCUGAUUGGUUUUGAACGUGUUCAUGUUCGUUCAAGUGAGAUGGUGGAAGCAGAGUUUGUGAUUGAUCCUUGCAAGCACCUUAGCGUUGCGAAUGAUGUGGGGAAGAGAGUGAUUCCUUUGGGGGUUCAUGACUUGGUGUUGGGAGAUUUAAAGCAUUCUCUGUCUCUUGAAUUCUAAAAUGAUUGUUUUUAAGCAAACUGUGAUGUUUGGAAAAAAGUUUAAUAAAAAGCGUUACUGCUUGGACGAAUAAAUCGUUUAUUGUGAUUCUGCUGGUAAGCCUCAUUUUUGAAGUUUACUAUGCUCAACAUGUUUUCUCUUUGA